GGCAGGACAGGACCAGACACGGCUCCCAAGCUCAAUGUGCAGGGAGGUGGGCCCGGGCAGGUUCUGUCCCAGUGUGACCACCAAGGGCGGUAAGGGCUACGAGGACAGUCACACGGGACAACAGCACGGCGUGCCUUGAGGUGAAGGACCAAGAGGUUUGAGGGAAGAGCUCCCAGCGGGAAGAGAAGAGCCAGGGGGAAGCGGAGGAGCCGGAGAGUGCUGACUGGGCUCCCUGGACCUCAGCGGGAUGGAAGAGAAACUUAAGAAAACCAAGAUCAUCUUCGUGGUGGGCGGGCCCGGCUCGGGGAAGGGAACCCAGUGUGAGAAGAUUGUCCAGAAGUACGGCUACACCCACCUUUCCACCGGGGACCUUCUGCGGGCCGAGGUCAACUCGGGCUCAGCCCGGGGCAGGAUGCUGUCGGGAAUCAUGGAGAAGGGGCAACUGGUGCCACUGGACACAGUGUUGGACAUGCUCCGCGAUGCCAUGGUGGCCAAGGUGGAUUCUUCCAAGGGCUUCCUGAUCGAUGGCUACCCUCGGGAGGUGCAGCAGGGGGAAGAGUUUGAGUGGAAGAUCGGACAGCCCACGCUGCUGCUGUAUGUGGACGCAGGCCCCGAGACCAUGACCCAGCGGCUCCUGAAGCGCGGAGAGACCAGCGGGCGUGUGGACGACAACGAGGAGACCAUCAAAAAGCGGCUGGAGACCUACUACAAGGCCACAGAGCCGGUCAUUGCCUUCUACGAGAAACGAGGCAUCGUUCGCAAGGUCAAUGCCGAAGGCUCCGUGGACAGCGUCUUUGCCCAAGUCUGUACUCACCUGGAUGCCCUCAAGUAGUAAUGCUGGAGCCCUUCCCCAGCUCAGAGACCGCCCCACCCUGUCCUGACUCAAGGCUGUCCUGGCCUGGGCUCAGCGCCUCCACCCUGCGGGGCUGGAGCGCAGACAGAGGAAGCCACGUUAUCCUGUUUGCACGGACAGCUGAGCACUAAAGGCAUUUCCAAGGA